UUAUUUUUAGAACUAUCUAUAUAUAUAUUAGCGGUGAAAAUAAUUUUUGGAAUUGUUUUUAUAAUCUUCUUCCAAACGAAAAAUCAAUUUUCGGUUAUCUUCGAAAUCGCUUAUCUCGUUAAUCUAAACUCGUGCAGGCCCACGAUGCGGACAAGUGAUCGAUUGAAAAUAAUAUUGGCGCCGAUAUCUCGAUCGUCUUUCCAUCGACCUAUAGGUUAUCCAUUUUUACGAUUACACAUUUUUAGAAACGGAAAAUAAAAUCCUUCUCACGGCUCGAUUCUUCCUUUCUUCUUCAAAGUGUCAAACCGACAAAUUCGAGAUUCAUUUUUACCUAUAAAUAAAAAAUAAAAAAGAGGAACAGAAUUAUAUAUAGAUCGUUCGUAGAUGACAUCGUUUAUAACAUUUACUCGCGAAUAACGAAUAACGAAGAGGAUUAAAAGAUUAUAGUUAACAUUCGUGGAACAACUAGGCCGGAGGAUUAAACGACACUUUACUACGGUAUAAUGUAUAAAUUGAUUUUAGAUUGCCUUCUUAAUUCCACGGGGAAAAGGAAAAAAAAAACGAAAUAAAUAAAACUAUCGAUCGAAAAGAAGAAAAAAAAAAAAGUAAACGACGGCUCGUCCAACGUAAUUUGAUUGAUAUUCCUCGCUCGUAUCUGUAAUCGUAUUCCGGACGUUAGCUCGAUAACUCAAAUAACGGAGUCGAUGAUUUAAUGUAUAAUUGAACGAAUAGAAGAGAAUCGAGGUAGGAUGUUCAUUCUUUUUCAUUCUCUCGUCGAGCGGUAGUUGGUAGCAGUACUAGUAGCAGUAAUCUCCGUUUCUUUCCGCAAAAACAUGAUCGAUGAGAAAAAUUACACAUUAUCGAGAACACAUAAAGAACGAAAAUCCUACAAAUGAAAAAUUAAGAGAAGCGGCAGCGGCCGAUGUUUUAAUCUUAUCUCGAGGCUUUUCGCGUUUAAUCUUAUCGGAUCUCGUUCUCGAGUAUUUUAUUUGCCCCGGACGUACGUUUAUAAUUUUGGAAGUGCUCCGUCACCGACUGCACACCACGUACACGCACGUGGAUACACACUCUUCUCUCUCCCUAUCUCCCUCCUUUAAGGACUCUGUCCCCUCGAUUCGACGAACCUUUACAGAAAAUAUCUUUCCCCGUACACCUCUUCGAACUUGCUCCAAUCGAGAGUGGCGAAUUUUCGGAUUUUCGGAGUUAGAUGCUCGUGAAACGAGGGGACGGAGGGGAGAAAAUAAUUGUAAAUUUUCCAACGGGGGGAAAGGCCUCCUCCCCCCACCAGUCGUUCGGCCAUUUUUCCAUUCGUUCUCGUCCCCGUAUCGGUAUCGAGAGGGGUCCCUUCGGUUGCGUCACCGAUGACCUUGAUCAUCGGCCGUGCGCCGCGAUCGAUAAAACGAUUUCGUGCCACUUGAUCGCCGAGCGGGCUGGGGAUCGGUGCCGUUUCGAAACCUCCGGAGCUUCUCCAAUUAACGCUGGAUCUCUACUGAGAUCGGUUAUCGGUUACGCGAAAGGCGGGGUCAGAGACAGAAGCAAUUGUUAUCCUUGGAUCGUGAACGAACCGCCGGGAAUCACCUAUGAUCUCCCCUCGGAGGAGAGGCCCCACUAGGACCACCAGGCUUCCGGCAGAGAGGCACCGUUCCUGCCACCGUUCCUAAUCCCUCCCUCUCCCCCAUCUCUGCGCCCCUUUCCCCCUCCUCCCCCUCCUCCGCCAUCCGUCGCCUGGACGUCGCUCCUCGGGACGGAGGAGCAGCGCACGCCGGAGGAGGAUCGUCGGCCUCUCCCCCCUCCCCUCAUCACGCCUCGCGGGACAAAGGACGCGGCAAAGAGUCGGACAGGAUGGACAUGAGCAGCGAGUCGAGCGCGGCCAGGUGGUACGAGCCCCCUAGAUCCACGCUGGAGCCGCCCUCGGGGGGUGCAGGAGUCGCGGGAGUCGUUGGCAAUCCCACCGAUUACAGGGGCUACUACCCUCACGCGGGGCCGACCGCCCAUCACCCCGCAGCAGCAGCCGCUCACUAUGCCCACACGAGGAUGUCGAGCAGCGGAGUGACGAGCGGCCCCGUGAGCCAGGUGUGCCGGCCGCACUUCCACAGCUCGGUGCUUCACCCUUGGCUGUCGGGGAGCGGGGCGGACACGUCGAAGACGCCGUGGGGAUUCCCGACGACGACGGGCUCGGCCGGGAGCGGGGUGGCCGACGACAAGCCCCAGAGCCCCCUGGGCUCCUCCCUGCCCCCGAGCACCGGCAGCCUGUCCAGCCACGGCGGGGCGGGGGCCGGCCACCACCUCUUCUCCUUCCCUCCGACGCCCCCCAAGGACGCCACCCCCGACAGCAUCACCGCGAGCACCACCUCGGCCAGCAACAACAACAACAACAACAACAACAACACGACCAGCGCCAACAACAACGCCAACAACCCCCUGUCGGGGCUCGGCGGCGGGGCGAGCAGCGAGUACCAGGCGGCCGUCGCCCACGCGGCGGUGAUGGGCGCGUUCAUGCACCACCAGGACGCGCUGGGCGGCGGGGGAGCGGGCUCGUGCGACGUGAAGCCGAGCGUGAUGCUGAGCCAUCACCACGGCGCGCCGUCGCCGCCCCAUCAGCAGCACAACGGGACGGGGAGCGGCGGGAACGGCGGGACAGGGGCGAGUGGAGGCGGCGGGGCGAGCGGGCAGGUGAAGCAACGCGAAGGUAAUAAUCAGUCGGGCAGCCAGCAGGCGAGCACCGCGCAACAGCAGCAGCAGCAGCAGCAACAGCAGCAGCAGCAGCAGCAGCAGCAGCAGCAGGAGGCCGCGUAUCAGGGGAGCAACGUGGCUGGCGGGGGUGGCGGGGGCGGCGGCGGGGGGGCGAGCUCGCCCUCGUGCAGGGAGAGUUACGCGGCGGCCGCCGCCGCCGCCGCCGCCGCGGCCGCGGCCGCGGCUGCCUCCAACACCCACCACGCGACCUCCGGGUCCCAGUACGACCCGGCAACCAGCGCGUAUAACAUGUACCAGCACCUGCAGUAUCCUAGUACCACCCACCACCACCACCACCACCAUCAUCACGCCGCCUCCUCGUCGUCUUCUUCGUCUUCGUCCCACAAUCCGCACAACGGGGCCGCCGCGGUCUCCGGUAUUUUCGGCCACCACGCGGCGGCGGCCGCGGCGGCCGCCGCGGCCGGGAACGCGGCCGGCGUGGCCGGCGUUAACGUCGACUCGAAGCUGUUGGUCGGCCACGUGCACGCCAACACGCCGAGCUCGCCUUCCGCGCAGCAGCAGCAGCAGCAAAAGCCCAGGAACAAGUCGAGAACGUCCGCCGAGGGCCGCGAAUGCGUGAAUUGCGGCGCGACAUCGACGCCACUGUGGAGACGAGACGGUACCGGUCACUACCUCUGCAACGCUUGCGGCCUCUACUACAAGAUGAACGGCCAGAACCGACCUCUCAUCAAGCCGAAACGACGGCUGUCGCUGCAGAGUGCGGCGAGGCGGGCGGGCACCAGCUGUGCCAACUGCAAGACCGCGACCACCACGCUCUGGCGAAGGAAUCAGGCCGGAGAGCCAGUCUGCAACGCGUGCGGCCUCUACUACAAGCUGCACAACGUGAAUCGGCCGCUCACGAUGAAGAAGGAGGGCAUCCAGACGAGGAACAGGAAACUGUCGUCGAAGAGCAAGAAGAAGAAGGCUGGCGGUUGUCUGGGGCUUGGUGGCGUGAUGGGCGAUAUGAUCAAAGCCAGCGGCCACCUCGACCUCGACAACAAACCCUUCCACUCGGGCUUCGGUUCACCCAUGAGUACGUCGCAGCAUCACCACACGAUGCACCCAGCGAUGCAGCACUAUAUGUAUCACACGGGGGUGGGGGUCGCGGGUGGGCUUCACCAGGGAUUCGCGCCCCCUGCGCCGCCACCCAUCCACCCCCACUCGCACUCGCACUCCCAUUCCCAUCACAUGACGAGUCUUCAGGGUCUCCAGUUGGCAGCCACGACGAACGCGAUGACCGGUUGGCGAUCGGAGUACACAUGAAUCGUGAACGAUCAACAGCUCAGGACGCAGCCCACCACUCUCGUUCUAACGUAGAUCGCGAGACCCGAGCUCUCCUCUCUUUCUCUCUCCGCGAAUUGUAUCGAGAGACGUUCGAGAGGCGCGGUGAAAAGAAACGAAGGAAUACGAAAAUGGAAAAAUUGACGAGUCGCGAAAACGCAUGUUUCCCCCAUUUUUUCUUUCUUUCUCUCUCUCUCUUUCGUUUCUUUCUUUCGAAUCCCUUUUUCGUUUCGCGAUCUCGAAAUAUCGAAUGUAAAUAUGUAAAGUUUCGCACAAGGUAAGGGCAGUCGAGCCCAGGCCCCAAGUACAAACGAAGUCAAGCUAAAUAACUCGUAUCGUGUCUAAUUAGACGUGCUCCUGUAAAUAGACGGACAAUUAUAUAUAUAUAUAAUAAUAUAUAUAUAUAUAUAUAUAUAUCUCUAUAAAAUCACAAGAGUUUCUAUUAACGUGAGUGCAUGGCGUGAAAUAAAAGAGAAUAAAAAAUAAUGGGGGGUUAUUAACCUCCCCUCCCUUCCUUUCUUUGUCGAGGAUCGCCCCUUCGAAGACGAAUUUCUUUUACUGAUGAACGAGCGGGGAUUAAAAUUAUUUAUUCGAGGAUAUAUAUAUAUAUAUAUAUACGACGUGUUCAAUUCUGUUCGAAAAGGGUAUGAAACCCUUGGGAACCGGAAUCGGUCUUCGGAGGCCGAGGUGUAUUAUCUAGUUUGUAAGCGUGUAUAUCAUCCAACAUCGUGCGAAACAUCGUGCAAUUUUAAAAAGUCUUUUUAUUAAAACGCGAAGAAUUUCCCGCGUGAGGGAAAGGGCCAUUGGACGCCGAUUUUCAUUCAUCAUUUCAUUCCUUUCUUGAUUCCUCCCCCUUCGUUCCACGAGGAACGAAUUUAACGCGAUCGAAUACACAUUUUGCAUGAACGUUAUUCGAAGAAGGAAAUAUGACGAUCCGCUUGCCCGUGGAACGCGACGCGGUGGCGCCAUCUGCUCGUCGACAAAAUUCAGUAGCAAACGGAGACUUGUCUUAUACGUACCAACGUUUCCAACCUGACGAUUCUUCCUCGUGGAACGCGAUCUAUUCGUCGAUACUUUACAACGAUGGAACCAAUCUCAACAAUCGCGUUCGACGAGGAGAAGAAUUAAAUAAUCGAUCGAAAGUAUAUUUUCUACGGUUCCAACGAGGCGCGAUGAGUUUUUCCCCCUCCACUUGGAACGCGAUUGUGGCGCCAUAUACUCGUCCACGAUUAAUCCAGCGAUGGAGUGCCGUUAAAUGGAAGCUUUCAAUCGCGUUCGACGCGAGGAGAGAAAUUAGUCGGACAAUCGAUCGAAGGGAUAUUUUCUGCUCGUUUCAACGGAGUGUAGUUACGGUGAAUUGUGAUGUCGUACAAUGCUCGAUCUUUUUAUUUCCCGUGCACGAGAAUCGGCGUCCAGUCGUUUGAGCCAUCGCGUCGUGUGUCGUGUUUAGCGAUAGCGAGCAGCAACGUUAGGUGUAUAAAGCACACGUAGAAAAAAAAAGUCGGUAAAUUAUAUGGAUUUUUGAUCCGGUGAUCCAGAUCGCGGAGUCGAGAAAGUCCCGAGAUUCAGAAUUAGAUAAAAAAAGGAAAAAAAGGAAAAAAAAGAAACAUAAUCGUUUCCAAGGUAGAAACCAAAAAAAAAACAAAAAAAAGGAAAAGAAAAUUGUAUACAAGGGGGGAGGGGGGGAAGAAAUGGGAAAUGGGACUGUGGACACGAGAGACGGAGCACUAGGAGGCAGAAAUGCCAGAGCGAAAAUGCAAAAAAAAGGGAAAAAAGGAAAAAAAAAAGAAUAAAUAAGUAAACAAAUAAUAAAAUAAUAAUAAAAUAGGGUAAAUAAAAUUCGCGAAAUGUAAAUUUUGUAUCUUCGAGAUUGUGUACCGUUAUCAUUGUAAUAAUAGUACAUAUAUAUAUAUAUAAAUAUUAUAAAUAUAUAAAUAAAAAAAGUCUAUAUAUAUAUAUAUAUAUAAAAAUGAAUAUAAAUAUUAUAAAUAUUAUAAAUAAUAAUUAAGAAAGAGAGAGAAGACGCGUAUGCGUAUGCGAGUUGCGUGAAUGUCGUGUGUAUCCGUGCGUGCAUGUGGUGUGUGUGUGCGUGUGCGUGUGCGUGCGCGUGCGUUUUGCGCGCGCGGCUGGCGAAAAGCAAAAUGAGUCAAAAGGAGAGGGGAGAGGGAAGAGAGGAGUAAAAGUGAUUGUGCAUAAAUUAGCGGUUAAUUGCGCAUCGUAAGAUUUGCAUCUAGAUAGUCGGAGCGCGCGAUGGUAAUUAAAACGAUUUAUCGCGAGCGAGAAAGGUUAAUAGCCGUGAAUGACGAUUAUCAUUAUUAUUCUUAUUACUAUUAUCGUGGUCGCCGAUCGGCCGGUAUCGCCGAUUAUUCAUUAAUCUCUCCUUCUCUAAUUAAUUAAUUAAUUAAUCGCGCGGGCACAUACACACUCGGCACGAGCCGGCCAAGACACGCCGCAAAUUGCGAUCCUUUCUUUUCUCGAUCUUCGCUGAGACCGCGUUUUCACCACGAAAAAGGGGGGUAAAAAACCCUCCGCCCUCUUCGCGUUCGAAUCGAUCGAUCGAUCGAUCGAUCCCUCGCAUUUCAAAAUUCCCACCAUUCUUUUACCGUUACCCCACCGUGUUCGUGUUAAUUUUUGCUCUCGAAUUUUUUUCCCUUUUUCAAUUUUUAACAUAUCGCUCCGAACUUUGAAUACUUUGGAUCGUGUUUUUCGCUCGAGCUUGUACUUGCAUCCAUUUUGCUACCAGGAUUUGGAGGAGGGUGGUGGUAGUGGUGGUCGGGUUCGAUCGAGAAACGACGAUCCAAAUACCCCUGGCUCUUUUGAAUAUGAAAACAACAACUUGGAAGAACAGUGUUUCGAAGCGGGCAGCCUCUUUGCGUCGCCUCGAUAUUUUUAGUACGGUCGGAAAAAAAAAAAAAAAGAAAUUUUUGUAAGAGAAUAGAAUUAUUAACGCGGAGAGGCACUGGUCUCGAAGUCGAAAUGCGACGGAUCGAAUGUCCGCGAAUCUGUUCGAGAUCGGGGCUCGAAGGAAACCGGCAACGACGACAGGGAUGUCGAAGAAAAAGAAAAAGAGAAAAAAAAGAAAUAAAGAAAAGACUGACGAGCGUAUAAGGAGGGAGAAAGAAAGGGAUGUUUGUCCGCGAGACGCCGGCCCGCCCCAUUUUCUCGCGAUCGGAUCACAGUUCGGUAAAGAGGACGAAGGGAGGACAGGAGGAAGGGAGAGGCAGACGAGGUUAUUCUAAUAAAAAAAAUAGUAUUAUUAGGGAGUAGCGUGUAGACUGUAUAAAGAGAGAGGAAAGGGGAAAAAAAUAAAAUAUACGAACUGUAGCGAAGGGGAAGAGAAAAAGAGACGAAAGUUGGACGGGAAAGGGUGACAGGACGAAAGCGGAGGCGUGUAAUGGAUGGAAGAUACGAUCCAGGCGCGUGUAUCGGUGGUCACAUCUCGUGGAAGGAAGGAAGGAAGGAAGGAAGGAAGGAAGGAAGAGGACGCGAGAGGAAUGUCUCGACGGUGGAUUCGACGAAUGUUCGAUCGAUGAUGGGCGUUUCGUGGCGACACUGAUUUUUUCGUGGACAUGUAUAAAGCGACAUUGUAAGAUAUCGUUGUAAAAAAAGGUUUUAACUUAAAAAUAAAUUAACGAUAAUUCACGCAUAA